AUGGCCCAUGUAAUCCCAGAGCACCAUAGGAGUGGAAUAAGGAACUGUGCACAAGAAAUACAGGCCUACUUGUCCCACGAACAGAGCAAUGUGCGCUUUGUUUUGCUAUUCUAUCUAAUAAAUUAUGGAUUUGAAGUUUAUGGUGAUCAAUGUGUCGGUGACAAUCGCUCUGGUAAGGAGCACAGGCCUGUUGUCAUGGAUCUGCUACAAAAGAUGAUAUUUCCAGAGUUGAACCGGGAGCCAAUGAUCGACUCCAUAAUCAGGAGAUGUUGGUACAGUGAGUACGAGACAGUGGCAGAAUCGACCGCGGAUACAGAAAGUUUAUGUGGCAUGGGCAGUGAGGCUUCCAGGGGCAAGAUUGAAGGAGUUAAGUGUUUGACAUCCAUAUCUGCAGACGACUUUUCAUCGCGGAGGAAAUUGUGUGAGGAUUUACUCUGUAGUCAGGUGUUGAAUCCCUAAGGCUCUAUCUUUGCAGAAUACCCGGCAACUUGGGCUCCCAAUAA